GCCAGAAGAUGACGUAAGGCAAUAUGGCGUCGGUGGAAUGUCUGCGCAAGAGAAGGGCUCGAGAAGAGGAGGAGGAGGAGGAGGAGGAGAAGCAGGUGGCCAAAGUAGAUGAAGGGUCUGAGGAGGAAGGGGAAAAGGAAGAAGACAAAGACCAAGAGCGUUGGGUGGGGCCCCUACCUGGGGAGGCUGUGCAGGCGAAAAAGAGAAGAGUUCUUGAGUUUGAACAUGUCUACCUGGAUAAUCUUCCCAGUGCUUCAAUGUAUGAGCGUAGCUAUAUGCACAGAGAUGUUAUCACUCAUGUAGUAUGUUCUAAAACAGAUUUCAUAAUAACAGCCAGCCAUGAUGGACAUGUCAAAUUCUGGAAGAAGGUAGAAGAAGGAAUUGAAUUUGUUAAACAUUUUCGUAGCCAUUUAGGUGUUAUUGAAGGCAUCGCAACUAGUUCAGAAGGGGCACUGUUCUGCUCUGUUGGGGAUGAUAAAGCAAUGAAAGUUUUUGAUGUGGUGAACUUUGACAUGAUCAACAUGUUGAAACUUGGCUACCAUCCGGGCCAGUGUGAAUGGGUGUACUGCCCAGGAGAUGCUAUCUCUUCAGUUGCAGCCUCUGAGAAGAGUACUGGAAAAAUAUUUAUAUAUGAUGGUCGAGGCGAUAAUCAGCCGCUUCACAUUUUUGAUAAACUACAUACGUCCCCUCUUACUCAGAUACGAUUGAACACUGUUUUUAAAAUCAUCGUAUCUUCUGACAAGUCUGGAAUGAUUGAAUAUUGGACUGGUCCUUCCCAUGAAUAUAAAUUUCCUAAAAAUGUGAACUGGGAAUAUAAAACAGACACCGAUUUAUAUGAAUUUGCUAAAUGUAAAGCAUAUCUAACCAGUAUAAGUUUUUCCCCUGAUGGCAAAAAAAUGGCUACUAUCGGCUCUGACAGAAAAGUCCGGAUUUUCAGAUUCUUAACAGGAAAACUUAUGCGCGUCUUUGAUGAAUCUUUGAGUAUGUUUACUGAGCUACAGCAGAUGAGACAGCAACUACCUGAUAUGGAAUUUGGACGACGUAUGGCUGUGGAGAGAGAAUUGGAAAAGGUUGAUGCUGUAAGAUUAAUUAACAUAAUUUUUGAUGAAACUGGACAUUUUGUGCUCUAUGGGACAAUGCUGGGAAUUAAAGUUAUCAACGUGGAAACAAAUCGAUGUGUGAGAAUCCUAGGUAAACAGGAGAAUAUCAGAGUUAUGCAACUGGCUCUGUUCCAGGGAGUUGCAAAGAAACAUCGUGCUGCUGUUACCGUCGAGAUGAAAGCAUCUGACAAUCCAGUUCUCCAGAACAUCCAAGCAGAUCCAACAAUAAUCUGUACUGCCUUUAAAAAGAACAGAUUUUAUGUGUUUACCAAACGUGAACCAGAAGAUACCAAGAGUGCAGAUUCUGAUAGAGAUGUAUUCAAUGAGAAGCCAUCUAAAGAAGAAGUCAUGGCAGCCACUCAAGCUGAAGGGCCCAAAAGAGUUUCUGAUAGUGCUAUUAUCCACACAAGCAUGGGAGAUAUUCAUGUCAAGCUCUUUCCUGUUGAGUGCCCCAAAACAGUCGAAAACUUCUGCGUACACAGCAGGAAUGGUUACUAUAAUGGCCACACCUUUCACCGGAUCAUAAAG